AUGAAAUAUUCUAUUGUCAAUGAUUUUACAUCUAUACUUGUCUUAGAAACAUUACAACAACAUAUUCAAUAUAAUAUAUGUCCACAUCCAUCACGUAAAACAUUAUACAAUGAUUAUAUAAAAUAUCAACAAAAUAAAACACAACAAGAAUCAAUAAAAAGUCAAACUAAAUUAAUAGCUAUUUUAAAUCUAUGGCAAGCGCGUUGCACAUGGUACGAUAAAAAGAUAAUAGACGAAGAUCGUACAAAUGCAUUCAAAAGGAAAACUUCUAAUCCACAUGAUAUGAAUAUACAUUCGAUGUCAAUAUUCCGCGAUCGACUAAAUUUUAGUACGUCUUCGUGCCAUUUUAAAACAACAGGACGUCUAAUGGAGAAUGCAAUGGGAGCUAACAAGUUAGCAACUAAAAGUUUGCGGAGAUCUUUUGAACCAGAGAUAUUAUCACGAUUAGAAUCACGUUACUCCGCAUUGAGCAACAAUGCAGAACUGACUUUCUAUGAUGAAGAACAAGAGGCAUGUUUGGACGAUGAUAGAUCUACUAUUGUUCAUCAUAGAAAUACUGCUACUCAUGCUCAUUCAAUUACUCUUCAAAAUUGGGAUCCCCAAACACCUUACAUAGACAAAAUUAAAUCAACUACUGAUUUACAAAAAGCUUAUCAAAUUUAUUUAGAUGAACGUCAAUCAUAUUUAAAAUCACCAUCAUUCUAUUUUGAUAUAGCAUCUUAUUUUUUUUCAAAAGCUCGUUCAUCAAUAUCGAAAUCAUCAUCAUCAUCAAUUGAUAUAUUUAAUAAACAUCAUUCAAUUUCUAUUUUUGGUAUUAAAACAUUUUCACAUGAUACUCAUCAUAAUAAUGAUAAUGAUAAUUAUGAAUUAUUAGGUUUACGUAUUUUAACAAAUGUAUUAGAAUUAGAAUUAGAAUCAUCACAAUUAUUACGAACUGUUGCUUAUAAACUUGUCGAACUUGGUCUUCUUAAUUUAGCUGAAAAUAUUUUUCGACAUAUUAUAACUUUAAGAUCAGAUGAACCACAAUCAUUUCGAGAUUUAGCAUUAGUAUUACAAGAAUCUAACAUUCAAAAUAAGAAUAUAACAGAAAUAUCAGAUCUAUUUAAGAAGGUUAUAUUUAGCGAAUGGGAUAAUCGUUUUACUGAAAUUGAACUUACAACAUUACAUGAAUUUAAUUGGUUUAUAUUUGAAUAUCAUCAACAAAAUCAAAUAUCAAAUUUAAUUGAUCAUCGUCUUAUUCGACAUUUACCUGUUGAUUUAAGAAUCGUUAUGGUUUGGGAUACAAAUGAUACAGAUGUUGACUUACAUGUCAUUGAACCGACAGGUGAAGAAUGUUAUUAUUCACAUAGAAAUACAGCUAUUGGUGGUAUGAUAAGUCGUGAUUUUACAACGGGCUAUGGACCAGAAGAAUAUCUAAUUCGAAAAGCAGUCAAAGGUACAUAUACAGUUCGAGCAAAAUAUUUUGCUAAUCAUCAACAAAGUCUAACUGGUGCAACAACAAUCAUGGUACAUAUUUAUAAAUAUUAUGGGCAAUCAAAUCAACAAAAAGAAAUUGUUACAUUACGAUUAAGUAGUAAUCAAGAAAUGAUUGAUGUCUGUAAAGUAGAAUUUGAUGAUGAUAUCAAACAAAAAUCAAAAAAUAAAACAACAUAUGAUCAAGAUUCGAAUAUGACUAUUCAUUCAAAUGUUAUUUGUAAUGGAUGUAAUAUGUCACCAAUAAAAGGAGAUCGUUAUAGAUGUUUAUUUUGUCCAGAUAUUGAUUUUUGUCAAUCAUGCAAGUCGACUAGUAGAAUAAAUUAUGAUUCGAAUCAUCAAUACAAUCAUCCAUUAUUAUGUAUUAAAGAUUCCAAUGAAUAUCCAAAGUCAAUUUACUUAAGUAAUCGUAGUAAAAUCAAUCAUAAGAAUAAACAAUGUAAUUUAUGUUUUAUGAAACCGAUUAUUGGUAUUCGUUACAAAUGUGCUUGUGGAAGUAAUUUAUGUGAAAAAUGUGAAUUCAUGGGUUUACAUGAUACAGAUCAUCGUCGCACAAAAAUAGUUAAAUCAAAAUGA